UGUGUGUGUGUGUGUGAUGAAUAUUAACUACAUUUCAGAUGGUGGAGCCCAUCGAGCUGUAUUGGAAGUGCGGCCUGGCGAACCCUCACACCAGCCACUGCCUGGGCAGUGGUCAGAUUAUGAUCAGCUGCAUGGGAGACCCGUCCGGUAACGCCAAAGGUGGUUUUGUUCUUCUGGAUGGUGAGACGUUCGAGGUGAUCAGUAACUGGGAGCACCAAGGCGAGGCGGCGCCGUUCGGCUACGACUUUUGGUACCAGCCUCGGCACAAUGUGAUGAUCAGCACCGAGUGGGGAGCGCCCAAAGCUCUGGUUAACGGUUUUAAUCCAGCUCAUGUCCAAGAAGGGCUCUAUGGCAGCGCCCUGAAUAUCUGGGACUGGACCACCCACAAGAAGCUGCAGAGGCUUGAUCUAGGAGAAGAGGGCGCCAUUCCACUGGAGGUCCGGUUCCUCCAUGAGCCGAGUGCCGCUGAGGGCUACGUGGGCUGUGCACUGAAUUCAACCGUCUUCAGAUUCUACAAAACGGCAGAGGGGGACUGGGCCGCAGAGAAGGUCAUCAGCAUUCCUAAUAAGAAGGUGGAGGGAUGGAUGUUGCCCGAGAUGCCAGGUCUCAUCACAGACAUCCUGAUCUCACUGGAUGACCGUUAUCUGUACUUCAGUAACUGGCUGCAUGGUGACAUCAGACAAUAUGACAUCACAGACCGCAGAAACCCACAGCUCGUCGGCCAGGUGUUCUUGGGAGGAAGCAUUGUCAGGGACGGACCCAUCAGAGUCCUGGAGGACCCAGAGAACCAGGAGCAGCCCCGCCCCUGCAUCAUAAAGGGGAAGCGUAUCGCUGGAAGUCCUCAGAUGCUGCAGCUCAGUCUGGACGGGCGGCGCCUCUACACGACCACGUCUCUGUACAGCGGCUGGGACAAACAGUUUUACCCCGACAUGAUCAGGGAGGGAUCAGUGAUGAUGCAGAUCAAUGUGGACACUGUGGAUGGCGGUCUGGCCCUGAAUGAGGACUUCCUGGUGGAUUUUGGUAAAGAGCCCGACGGUCCGGUUCUGGCCCACGAGCUGCGGUACCCCGGCGGAGACUGUACCUCCGACAUCUGGCUGUGAAGCCGUGAUCAUCCUGAGCCUCAGAGUCCAAACACAUUUGAGAACAGCUCAGGCAGGAGUCUGAUCUCCAUGUAACUUCUGGUGUCACCAUCACGCAUUAGAAUAACUUUGUUGUCCAUCACAUCGGCCGCAGGAAAAAAAACAUAAAGUGCAGCAGAGAUCAGCACACACACAUAAAGAUAAUCAAUAACAGAAUCAGAUAUAAUCAGUGUUUCUGUACCAGAAUCCAUGAGGAGGAAUUGAGCCUCAGCAGAUGUGUCCAUGUUUUGUUCAUUAUUCCAAAGCUUCCUCACUGAGUCUCCAUCCAGCCUGGGAAGAGCAGGUUAAAGGGCCAUUACGCUUUAUUCCACACUGCCAUGUGUUUCAGGUCAACUUUGAACUUCCAAAUUCAGGUGAAACGCCACCCUCACGUCCUCCCUGCAGGUACAGCGCUCUGCUCACGCUGUUGAAAGCCAGCAGGACGGAAAAUGCAGAAUGCUCCUUAAAUCGUUCCGGCUCAGGGGAAACUCCCAGAGUUUUACAGACUUCAUCUUCACAACAUCCGCCUUUCCCCGCUCGCUCUAUUCCUACCUCAUGAAUCAGAUCAGUGAUUCAAUCAACUGAUCGAUCAAACAGUGUCAGUCGAGGUAUGCGCACAAACACCAGCAGGGAUAUCUCUGAGGUACCCCUGAGCAAGGUACCAAUAAAGUAUACAUUAUUAUUAUUAUUAUUGUUAUUAUUAUUAUCAUUAUUAUCAUUAUCGCGUGUUGAAGAAGAGCUGGAUCACAGCAGCUUGUUUUUGUAAUGCUCCUUUCAGCCACUAGAGGCUCCACUACCAGGUUAAACUCACCUGCUCUUCUCCUGUCUGAGAGAAAAUUCAACUCGGUAAACAAAAAUCAGAUCAAAGGCUUUUCUUGUUGAAUCAAUGACGUCUGUAAAAUGUUCUUUAAUGUUCACACGCCAGCUGAAAUUAAAACUUUAUC